AUGUUUGCCUUAACCCUCCGUCAGAAGAUCAGUGCUGUUACCCCUGAAUAUAUUCGCGAGUUGGGCUCUCAUUUGAGACAGCAGGCGGGUAUCCAGCUUACCACUAGGCUUGCAGAUUGCGGUGUGACUGAUAUGAGACCGCUGAAAAUGUACAGCCUCAACUUUGGGGGGCAAUUGGGUUUCAUUGAUUACCUGUGGCUCCAGUUGGAGCCCGUCGAUGGAACGUGUGUCAUUAUGCCAACUCGUUUCAAAGACUCUGAUAAUCACUAUGGGAGCAAGGUGCAGGGUUUAUGGGAUAUCUUGAUCACAUUGAAGCCGAACGUUCUUGAUGCUUUGGAGAAGGACCCGCUGUUCAGCUUUUUGGUGGAGAAGAAGGAACAGCUGAUCGGGUCCAAUUCAGACACUGGUGUACAUGCUCGCUUAUAA